AGCGCUGUGCUUCAACCGUUCAAUUGUUGGUCAACCGUCGCCGGGAGUGGUCGGCGUGUGUUAGCGUCCCGCGUGAACGCGUGUUUUUUUUUUGUUACUCAGUAUCGUAAGCCACAAUAACGGCUACACUCAACGACAAUUAGACAUCGAAAUCUUCCCUCGUCAAUAACAGUGAAUAAACGAUUUUUGGGAUUCUGAUGAGUUGAAUAAAUCGUACGAUUUUUCACACUUUGAAGUAUCUCUGUAAUCGGAAUAAUGUUUACGGCGACAAGACUAGCGGUCAACAGUGAAAUGGUGAUUUAUUUUUUACGUUGAGUAAAUAAUACCGACAAAGUAAAUCAUCGUAUUUUGUGAUAAUUUCGGUGGUGUUAAAUUCGCAGAAGCUUUUGAGCUUCAGUAUAAAAUUUGUUUUUUUUUUUCUCGUGUUCAUUUCGUGGAACAAUACGACAAGACCGUGUCUCUCCUGUGUGUGUUUAUACGUGACUAUUUGGGAUUAUUAUAAUUUUAUUUGGUUCACUGUGUGAUACAUUAGAAUUACGGAACAAGGAGAAUAUACAGUCAUGACGGCAGACAGACUGUUUGAGACCACCAGCAUCCCGGGGCAUCUCGCUCCCACGCCAGAAAGACUUGAGCGGCUUCUUUCAAAACAGACUCUCGAGGAACUCUAUGAAGUUGAGGAACAGCCUUUCGCACGAGGAAAGUAUGCUACAGUCAGGAGAUGCAGAGAGAGAUCAAGUGGUAGACAGUGGGCAGCCAAGUUCCUGAGGAAGAGACGACGUGCACAGGAGCUGAAAGCUGAAGCACUUCAUGAAGUUGCGGUACUGGAUGCCGCAGCACAUUGUCCCCAACUUGUUUCACUACAUCAAGUCUUUGAAACAAAUACCGAGAUGGUGUUGGUCUUAGAGCUUGCCCCAGGUGGUGAACUGCAGAUGGUACUUGACAGAGACGAAGUGCCAGAGGAGCAUCAAGUUGUCAGGCUUCUCCGACAGAUCCUGGAUGGUAUCGCAUUUCUUCACUCCUUCAACGUGGCACAUCUUGACAUCAAGCCCCAGAAUUUGGUUCUAACUGGCGAAUUCCCGGACUGCGAUGUCAAGCUGUGUGACUUUGGAAUCUCCAGAUAUAUAAGUCAUGGCGCUGACAUCCGUGAAAUUUUGGGCACGCCCGAUUAUGUUGCCCCCGAAGUCCUCAACUACGAGCCAAUCAGUCUAGCAACGGACAUGUGGUCUGUGGGAGUGUUGCUCUACGUCCUCCUCACGGGAUGUUCACCGUUCGGUGGUGACACGAAACAGGAAACAUUCUGCAACAUAAGCCGAUGUCGCCUCGAUUUCCCGGACGAUCUGUUCGAAGAUGUUUCCGAAGCAGCGAGAGAUUUAAUGCGAAAACUCAUGGUGAAGGAUCCAAGUGAACGUUUGACGGUGACCGAAUGCCUGGAACACCCAUGGUUCACCGGCUACAGAAGCCCAGAGAUACCCCUAGCAAUAUCACCCGCAGAAGACCUCCCAGACGACUGUCCACUCAGUCCAGUCCUUCUUCCGGCUCUUCCAGACUCAUCACCAGAGAGAUCCUCAACUCCACAACCUCCAAUCCUAACCCCCUGCGAUUCCCUCCCGAGAUCUUCCCCCGAUUCACCAGCUCCAGCCGUUGACAAGCCUCUCCCCAAGGACUCCAAAUUCGAGUCAAGAACACUGCCCAAGAUGUCAGAGUACAGAAAAUCCCCAAAACAGCCAGCGAUGCCCCUUCGCAUUGGUCUGAGUCCAGACCGAAGGGACACCUUCAAGAAGAACAUGGAUUCCCUUGCCCAGAAAUUCUCAUCCGGUGAAAUAGUCAUAAUAGAACAGAGCGUUAGUACUCAGAGACGAGCCAUCGGUAAUCACACAAUGCCAGCUGGUGAAGUUUUCAAAUGUACACCGGUUUUUAUUCUCGGUGAGGAGCAGCAGUGCAGCGACAGUGGCAGUGACACAGUAUCUGAAAUAUCAACAGACAGUUCGAGUGAUCGUAGCAGUAUCUACUCAGACGAUUCCCUCGAUUUUAUUCUCUACGGAAAAAGCCAGAGUAGAGCAAGCUUUCCAUUCACUGGAACUGAUGCAGACAGAUGGGAUCACAGGCAUCACACGAGGCCCUGGCCCAGGGAGUGCAAUGGCGUUGUCAGCAAAGCACUCAGUCGCUUCACUGCUGAUCCAUCCAGCAAAGCUUCCAGGGCGACUGUACCACCCUCGAGCAGAGCCAAAACUGGUCUUGAGGCCCUUAAAGAACGUGGUGGAAAUCUUGUUGUUAUUCGUGAACCAGUCAGGGCGGGAAGGUACACCAGGUAUAGCGAGGUUCAAUGUGAAUCUGUUCAGGCUAGAAUUCGGAGGUUCCAGGUGCACGGGGGAUCGUAAACGGGGGAUGUAGAGUUAGGUAGAGAUUUUUAGGUAAUCGUCGAUCUCCUGAAGGAUGAUAAUACGGAAAACAGGGAAAUUGUUGUCUAUUGUUUUUUGGGGAAACGUAGAAGGUCGACAAGAGAGUAAAGGGGAUUCCAGUGGUGGAGAAUUAGUCUUGAUAUUUGGAAUAAUUAAUUCGAGUUAUUGAUGAUUAUUGAAGUCGGCGAUUGGGGUUGGCUGGAAAACUUGUUAGUGGUGGAUGUCAAAAGUCAAUGAAAAAUAUUAGAUACAUAUUUUUUUAGGAAAAAUUAACGAGUAAAAACCAUUUCCUGAUUUUUUUUUUCAAAUAGAAAAAAACGUUUCUAAUAUUUUUUAUGAAAUUUUUGAAUUUCUUUAAUUUUUUUGAAUAAAAACAACCAGGCAACCCAAUUGUUCUGAAUUUUUGAUCUAUUUGAUUCAGUCGAAUGUAUUUGUCGUUACUUCCAGUCCAAGAAAUAAAUUCUGGCUGAAUUUUUUUGAGCUCUUCUCUUUUCACUGUCAGUGAUUAAAAAAUGAUUUUCAUUCAGCUAUUGUUUGAGUCAACUGUUAAUUGCAAUUGCAAUUGGACUGUUGUGUACACUUUGAUUAGACCUCAUGUCCCCUCACAAUCAAAUUUAAACUCUUGUUUACUAUCUUUGAGAGGAUAUGGAGGGAUGAAAUUGAUUCGAAACUGAAACAUCUUGAAAUACUUGAUCUCAUCACCAUUUUGGUCUUGAAGGGAUGACUAAGCAUUAUCUAAGUUCAAGCAACUGCUAUUCUUAAUUCUCAAUCUAUUCAAUACCAUCUCCUCGUCGAUUUCACAACAACUGGGAUUUAAAUUUGUAAUAUUAAAAAUUGAUCACAACUGUGACUUUAAUUUCGAAAAAAAAAUCGAAAUAAAUUGUACUCGAGCAGCUUGAACAAAAAAAAAAAUUCAGACAACUGUAAUGGGAAUCCUGUUUAUUCUUUUCAAGCAGACCUCGCGAGCCCUCAGAAUGAGGAUUAAAAUCAGGGUUGUGAGUGUGAACAGGUGUGUGUGAAUAUAUCGAAAAAUUUUUAUUGUAAAUAGAAGAAAUUAUUGGAUGAAUAGAACCAUCAACCUGGUGUACAUAAUAUCACAGACAUAUUAGGAAUUGAUGAAUGAGUGAGUGAGUGAGGGAGAGAGAGAAAGAAUGAGUCGUGAGAUUAAAGUGAAAUGCGGACGCAAUUUGUCCUCUGCCGAUUUAUCAAUAGACUGACUGGCCGUCCCCACGAGAUAAUUGCGAAUCGGAUUGAGUACGCAAUGUACCGCUAAGUGUUCGUCAAAAUAAACGCCAUAUUAUAGAUGAAUUGACCAUGACGUUCAAUCGUAAAACAAAAAUAUAUCUCAGUGAUUAUUUCUAUUGAUAUCACUGGCAUUGAUUUUUUACGAAUUAAACGCGAUGAACUUUAAAUAUCUUGGGUGCCUUUGUUAGUAAUCCUUAAGUCUACUGUAUACAAAAUGCACAACAAAAAUAAAUCACAAAUAUUUCGAGGAAAUUUAGUGCCUACUCCUAUAUCUAUGGAGUUUAUUAGUUCACUUGUGAUACAAGAUUCUUUCAUUUGUUUUUAAUUAUCCAAUCGCCACCUAUUUGAUGAAUUUAGGAAUGAAACAUUUUUUAAAAUAAUACUAUUGUAAUGGGGGCCUUGAAUUAUUUCACCUUCAUUAUUCAACUGUGCUGUGCCUUAUGCAAUCCCGAUGAAUUUUUUAUAACGUCGUACGAUCAAAAUUGAGAGCCUAAACGAGUUUUUAGGCUUCUUUAAUUCAUGUCGCUGACAUUUUCACAUCGAACUUUGCCAUUUAGCAUUAAUACAAUCAAUGGUGAAUGGUUUAAGUUGAUUACUUGGGUCAAUCAAUUCAAAAUUAUUGUUCAAUAAGACAUCAAGUCGUCAUUGUUGUUAUCCUUCUUUCGGCGUUAGACAGACUGAAUCAAUCACUUUAUCAGAAUAUUCUAAAAGAAAAUUGUAGUGAAACGUAUCAAGUAUUCUCAGGUAGAAUACAGUGACGAAUGCGAUAAUAAAUCCGCUGAGUGAUUACAAUUAAAAUUAUCAGUAUGGCGUUGUAGGAAGAUUAAUUCGUGUACAUUAGUAUUUCAUAAUUUAAUUUAUCAUUUAAUAUCCCCUGCGAAUUUUGUUCCCUCUCUUUAUUUUCAACCUUAAAUUAUUCUGGAUUCGAAGCUGGUGAUGGCAUGUUUAUUUUCUCUAGGAAUUUUUUUUUCUUUCUUAUCAUCUUUUCUGGACCAACAGCGAUUAUGUGCGAUCAAGAGUGCUGCACCCCUAUUUGUAAAUGCUAGUCAUAAUUUUUUUGCAUCACUUUGAACGCACCUGAUCAAUAUCUGUUGUUUACGUGUAAUUACUACUGUAUUUUUUUUUCCAUAGAAUAUACAAUACUCGGUUUAAUGAAUAAAAUUGUUGCUCGCUCAAUGUACUUUUCUUUGUGAUUGGAAAAAAAUUGAUCCUAUGGAAUGACAUUCAAAGAUUUAAACAAAACGGAGAAUAAAAUAUAAAGCAUUUUCUUGUACUAUAGCUGUUCUGGAGACAAGAUUGUGGAUGAAACAUCCAAGUUAAUUAUUGGUCUACUUAAGUAUUUAUUUUAUUAUUAUUAUUCGUAUAAAAUUAUAGAGAAUGAUUUAUUUAAACAAAUUUUUGUAUGUUUUACACGGAAAAAAAUAUGGAAAAAAAUUCCGGACUAGAAUUGUAAAUUAUUUUGGCCCUUGGAUGGAUCUUCCACCCUCUUGACAUGUCCAAUCAUCAAUUAUCACUACACUAUAGCUAUAUUAUUAAAAUAAUAUAAAAGCAUACUUAUCAAAAAAACAAAACAAUGGUUUAGUUGAUAAGUUCCAAAAUGUAAAUACUAUUUCAAUCAUUGUAUUAAUUUUAAUGACUAUAUGAAAUAAAUGCUAUGAUACAUCUGCGAAAAUCACAA